AUGGAUUUUCUGUCCUGUAAUUCCUCAAGCUGUCUGCAUGUGAUCGGUGGCUCAGAUAUAAUCCUGCAGAAUGCGGCUGAUUGCGGUGGUAUAUCUUCAUCUUUAUGUCUCGGUGUAGCGGAGAACUCUGCCAAAAACCCACCGAUGUUUGCCCCGCUAUGGAUUUGGAGAAGUAGCAGAGGACUGCUGUGUCAGCUGUUGUGUUUUUGUCCUCAGGUGAGGAUGUUGUUGUGGCUGGUUCUGUUCCUGCCUGCCCACUCCUCGGCUCAGCGAUCCGAUCCCAUGUUCUCAGCUAUAACCAAGACCGCCCUCCCUCCUGACUACGACAACAACCCCACCCAGCUCAACUACGGCAUGGCCGUCACUGACGUGGAUGGGGACGGAGACCUGGAGAUAUUUGUAGCCGGCUACAACGGGCCGAACCUGGUGCUGAAGUACGACAAGCACAAGAAGAGACUUGUCAACAUCGCCGUUGACAACCGCAGCUCCCCUUUCUACGCCCUGAGAGAUCGCCAAGGCAACGCCAUCGGAGUGACGGCGUGUGACAUCGACGGAGACGGCCGGGAGGAGAUUUAUGUCCUGAACACCAACAACGCCUUUUCUGGUCGGGCGACAUACUCUGACAAGCUGUUUAAGUUCCGCAAUGGACGCUUUGAGGAUCUGCUGAGCGACGACAUUAACGAACACAGAGACGUGGCAAACCGUAUGGCUGGGCGCUCAGUGGCCUGUGUGGACAGAAAGGGUACAGGACUCUAUGCUAUUUACAUAGCUAACUACGCCAGUGGCACCGAGGGUCCUCAUGCUCUCAUAGAAAUGGAUGGAGUAGCGAGUGACCUUACGCAGGGCGUCAUAGCCCUGUCCAAUGUGGCUGAGCAGGCCGGAGUCAACAAGUUCACAGGAGGACGAGGCGUCGUGGUGGGGCCCAUCGUCAGUCAGACGCUCUCCGAUGUGUUCUGCGACAACGAGUACGGACCCAACUUCUUGUUCAGGAACAACGGGGAUGGAACGUUCACGGAUGUGGCGCAGCAGGCUGGUGUGGAGGACCCCAUGCAGCACGGCAGAGGCGUCGCUCUGGCGGAUUUCAACCGCGACGGCAAGACAGACAUCGUCUACGGGAACUGGAAUGGGCCUCAUCGCCUGUACAUGCAGCAGAAUAACCGUAAACAGAAGUUCAAGGACAUUGCAUCCCAGAAGUUCGCCAUGCCGUCUCCAGUCCGCACCGUCAUCGUUGCAGACUUUGACAACGACAAUGAGCUGGAGGUCUUCUUCAAUAACAUCGCCUACAGGGGCCCCUCCGCCAACAGACUCUUUAGAGUGAGCAGGAGAGAGCACGGUGACCCGCAGAUUGAAGAGCUGAAUAUUGGGAAGGCGUCCGAGCCUGAAGGAAGAGGAACAGGAGCUGUAGCCACCGACUUUGAUGGCGAUGGCCUGCUCGAGCUGUUGGUGUCUCAUGGGGAAAGUGCAGCGCAGCCGGUCUCUGUCUACAAAGUCAACCAGGGCUCCAAUAACUCGUGGCUGCGAGUGAUUCCCCGGACCAAGUUCGGUGCUUUCGCCAGAGGAGCCAAAGUUGUGUUGUACACGAAGAAGACCGGCCCACACACACGGAUCAUCGAUGGCGGCUCAGGAUACCUGUGUCAGAUGGAGCCUGUCGCCCACUUUGGCCUCGGUAAGGACGUGGCCACCAACGUGGAGGUGUACUGGCCAGACGGUCGUUCAGUGGCCCGACCCCUGGAACCCUCAGAGAUGAACUCAGUGCUGGAAAUCCACUAUCCAAUACACAAGGAGGAAAUCACUCCAACUGUAGAAAUAAAGUGUGGUGAUGGGUUUGCUCUGAACGAGAACGGCCGCUGCACUGAUAAAGAUGAGUGUACCCAGUUCCCCUCUGUCUGCCCCCCUGACCGCCCCGUCUGCACCAACACCUACGGCAGCCAUAAGUGCCGGGCCAAGAGGAGAUGCAACCAGGGCUUUGAGCCCAAUGAUGAUGGGUCAGCCUGUGUGGCCCAGGUGGCAUACUUCGGGGGGACGCAGUCUUCCGGGCAACGCAGGUGGUCGGGCCUUUCCUUCUGGCUGCUCUCCAUCUCUGUGCUGCCACUGCUCUCUACUCAUCUUCAGACUGGACUCCUGUAG